AUGGCUUCUGUGGAUGGUGAUAAGCAAGAUGAAGAAGAAAAGGUGAAAAAUGAAAAAGCAGUGAAGUGCCUGAAAUACCCUUGCUUAGUUGCUCAAUUAGUAGAUAAAAUGCCUAAGCAAGUUGAGAUCGAAGGCAGAGAAACAGCACCAAAGGGGCACUUUGUAGUGUACGUGGGAAGUGAAAUGACUAGGUUUGUCCUUCCUACAUCUUUUCUGAAGAAUCCAUUAUUCCAACAACUGCUUGAUAAGGCUGCUGAAGAAUUUGGUUUCGAUAACAGAAGCAGAAUUGUUCUUCCUUGUGAUGUGUCUAAGUUCCAAAGACUCGUUGCCUUCUUGGCCAAACGCUAG